AUGUUUAGGAAUCAGUACGAUCAUGAUGUGUCUGUUUGGAGUCCCCAGGGACGUAUUCAUCAGAUUGAAUAUGCAAUGGAAGCUGUUAAACAAGGUUCAGCAGCAGUUGCGUUGAAGAAUAAGAAUUUUUGUGUUAUUGUUGCUCUUAAAAGGGCUCCAUCAGAAUUGUCAUCGUAUCAAGAAAAAUUGAUUCCAAUCGACUCACACAUCGGAAUGGCUAUAACCGGUUUGACUGCUGAUGGAUUUCUUCUUGCCAGGCAUAUGCGUAAUGAGUGUGCAGACAGUCGAUGGGCGUAUAAUGAACCUCUCCCAGUAUCUCGAUUGAUGAAUAAGAUUUCUUUGAAAAUGCAAGUUCCUACUCAACAAUAUGGUCGAAGACCUUUCGGAGUUGGCAUGCUUAUUACCGGUUAUGAUGAAAAGGGUCCUCAUGUCUACUAUUUGUCAUACUCAUCGAGUUCACAGUUGCUCAAUUGGCUGCUUACAGCAGACGAGUUGAAUAGUCGAAGGCAAGAUUGCAAUACUUCGACAAAAAAGCGUCUUGCAGAACAAUUUCGAUCGAAGACGGAAGCUUUGGGUGAUGUGAAAACCGAACCCACUUUUCUUACAGCUGAGGAGGAGUUAAUAAUUGUGAAGCGAAAUAUUUGUGCUAUGCACGGGUUUUAUCAACAAUUUGAUGAUCCUCAACUUCCUGCUGAUGUCUUUGGUUUCGCGGCCACUUAUUUGAAGCGUUUCUACCUCAACAACUCAGUGAUGGAUUACUCUCCAAGAGAAAUGAUGCUAACAGCUCUCUAUCUCGCUUUCAAGGCAGCGGAUUAUCCUAUCAGUUUAAACAGGUUUGUCGACCAUAUUCCACGCAACCGUGAGCGUUACCAUGCGUUUAUUUCCCGAUCAGAACUCUUCCUGAUGGACAAACUGCUCUAUGAUCUGUGGGUUUAUCCCCCCUACCGCCCCCUCACAGGUUUCCUUGUGGAAUUAAUCGCGUUCAGGCAAAGUAAAGAUUCUUCACUAACGGAUGAAGAGGCUACAGAGCUCAUGAAUUCUUUGAGAAAAGAAGGCUUCGAGAUUAUCAACACUUGGUUCCAAACUGACCUCUGUUUCACUAAUCCCCCCAGCCAAUAUGCACUAGCAGUAGUAAUGGAAUUAGGCCGAAGGCAUCCUGAACUUCAAACAGCGGAUUUCGUGAAUACUGUUGUGUUGGGGAAUGUGACUUCUGAAGAUGGCGACGAGGAAUCUGUGGAACAGAAAAAGGAACGGCUUUGGGAUAGGCUCGAAGCUAUUCAGACUAUGAUUUCAGAGUUUGACUUCAUUGUCGAUCUUUCUGUGGGUCUAGAACUAGAGAGCGUACUUGCAGAGUGUCGCAAUCCUCUCUAUGAUAUUGAUUCUGACGAUUAUAAGGAGAUACAAAGGCAGGCCAUGGAAAGAAUGUCAUUCCUUGAUUAG